AUGAGAGUCCUAACACUUAUCUUGGGUUGCACCCUAGUCACCAUUUCCUUCGUGAAGUACGCCGAUGGUGUAGCUUGCACCUCAACUGAUCCCGAUACCCCAACUGGUUGCACGGAUUGCUCCCUGACGGCGAAUGCUUCUGCUGCCGAUUGUUCAACUACCACAACGACGACGACAACAACAACGACUGAGUCCUCUUCAUCAUCUGGAUCAUCAUCCGCCACCACAGAGUCAAGCUCAUCGGAUAGCGACUCCACAACCACAACCACGACCACAACCACCACCACCGCCGCAUCUUCGUCUUCCGGUGCCACAGCAGCUUUGGCUCGUCUGAGGAAAACGAUUGCUAGGUUGCAGCGUCAGAAACGUCAGAAGGCCGCCAAACGUCGCCGUGCUGCCAGGAGGAAGGCUGAAAGGAGGAGGGCUGCUGCCAGGAGGAGGAACCGCAGAGAGUCAAGCUCAUCGGAUAGCGACACCACAACCACAACCACGACCACCACCACCGCAUCCUCGUCUUCCGGUGCCACAGCAGCUUUGACUCGUCUGAGGAAUACGGUUGCUAGGUUGCAGCGUCAGAAACGCCAGCAGGCUGCCAAACGUCGCCGUGCCGCCAGGAGGAAGGCUCGGAAGCAGAGGAGGAAGGCAGCUGCCAGGAGGAGGAGGAACAGGAGGAACCGCAGAGGCUAA